AUGUUGAAAGUUGAAACUUAUGAACUUGUAGUGAUGAAUUCUAAACAACCAUCCGGUUAUCAAAAACGUAAAAAGAGAAAACUAGAUGAAGAAAAGAGAAAGGUUGAUGUCGGUGCUCUAGAUAAGUUUAUCCACAUACAACCUGUUGAAGAGCACAUUGAAGAGCAUGUUGAAGAGCACAUUGAAAAGCAUGUUGAAGAGCACAUUGAAGAGCAAGAGCAUGUAGAAGUAGAAGAGACAGAAGAGCAUGAGCCUGUUAAAGACCUUGUUGAUGUAUAUGAUCCAAGAAGGUGGGAAAAACUUAAUUCGGAUGAGAUUAAAAUUUUGGUUAAGAAAGGUCCUAAAAGAGAUAGUAGUAUUAUGUAUGGUCCCUACGAUAAAUCUGGUAGACGAUUUUCUGCAACUUUGUAUACAAGAACUUUAUCAAAUUUGGAGAAGUGUGAUAGAGAAUGGCUAGUAUAUUCGAAAGAGCUAGACAGGGUAUUUUGUUUCUGUUGUAAAGUGUUUAGAAAAGGGAUUUUAAAAGGUAAAUUUGAUGGUGAAGGUUAUGCAGUUUGGCACCAUGUUACCACUAGGGUAAAAGAACACGAAAUUUCAUUGGACCAUCUUACAAAUAGGAAUAAGUGGUUUGACAUGCAUAAAAUAUUGAACUUGAACGAAACAAUUGAUAAAGUUCAACAUGAGCAAUUCAAGAAAGAAAGAGAUUACUGGAAACAAGUGCUUUUAAGAAUUAUUGCAGUAGUGAAGUUUCUUGCUACACAUAAUUUAGCAUUUCGUGGAUCCAAUGAAAAGUUGUAUAAAAAAGGUAAUGGAAAUUUUUUGGGUGUCAUUGAAAUGUUGGAAGAUUUUGACCCGGUUAUCAAAGAGCAUGUGCGACGGAUCACAAGUGAAGGGCUUCAUGUGCAUUAUCUUGGCCACCUAAUCCAAAACGAACUAAUAUUUUUGCUAGCUAAAGAAAUUAAAAAAGAACUUAUCAAGAAGAUAAAGGAAGCAAAGUACUGCUCAAUCAUACUUGAUUGUACUCCCGAUUCAAGUCACCAAGAACAAAUGACUAUAAUAGUGAGGUAUUUAAAGUUAUCAUAUAAUUCUGUUACUGUCGAGGAGUCCUUUUUAGGUUUUUUGAAUGUUGAUGAUACCUCCGGAAAAGGAUUAUUUGAUAUUACACUUGAGGAGUUAAAGUAUCUUGGUCUUCAAAUUGAUUAUAUGCGUGAUUCUACUAAGAGGUGGGAAAUUUUGAAAGAUAAUGUUAAAGCUUGGAGUCUUAAGUCAUUGUGUCAAACUCGUUGGGAAAGUCGGGUUGAGAGUGUAAAGGCUAUUAAAUUGCAACUUGUGGAUGUACGGGAAGCUUUACUUCAAGUUGGAGAAAAAGAUAAUGAUGCUGCAAUUGCAAGUGAAGCAACUUCACUAGCAGAAAAAGAACUUAGUGACUAUGAAUUUUUGGUAUCAACUGUUGUUUGGUAUGAAGUACUAAACCAUGUGAAUAUUGUGAGUAAGAAGUUACAAUCAAAGGAUAUGCAUCAUGAUAAUGCUAUUACAGAAAUAAACAAAUUGAUUGGGUACUUCAAGGAUUAUAGAGAAACUGGUUUUUCAAAAGCGAUUGUUGAAGCUAAGGAGAUUGCUAUUGAAAUGAGUAUGGAUCCAAUAUUUCCACAAAAGCGUUUGAUUGAAAGGAAAAAAAAGACAAGAUUUGAACAAUUCAAAGAGUAUGAUAAAGUAUUUGGUUUUUUAUUUCCACAAAAUUUGAGGGGAAUUGAAGAUAAAGAUCUUAAGUUAUAUUGUCAUCGUCUUGAAAAAGCACUCAAGUUUGAAGAAAGAUCAAAUAUUGAUGCUGAGGAACUUUAUACGGAGUUAAAAUUAUUUGAGACAUUGGAAACCAAUGAAUUUAGCAACUCUAUAGAUGUUUUGAAGUUUUUGAAAGAACUUGAUUAUUUCCCAAAUGCAAGCAUUACAUAUAGAAUAUUGUUGACUAUUCCAGUAAUGGUCGCAUCUGCAGAAAGGAGUUUUUCCAAAUUGAAAUUUAUGAAAUCUUACCUACGCUCCACAAUGACCCAAGAAAGACUUAGCAGUUUGGCGAUGAUAUCUAUCGAGAACGAAAUCUUAGAGAGUAUAGACUAUGAAGAGUUGAUCAACCAAUUUGCAAUCAAGAAUGCUAGGAGAGCUUCAAGGAUCGUCGGUUAG